AUGAAACCGUCCCACGAUUGGUGUCAUUUAUCACCUGUUUCUUUCGCACAUUCCCCACCUACUCACUCCCAAGCUUCUGGUGCCAUUUUCAAUCUUGAUCAUCUUCGGCCUUCGUCAUCCACCGAAAACUGCUGCUUCUGCAGCAUAUGGCGGAGUUUCGACUACAAUCAUGGUCCCUCGGCACGUCUCACUUCUUCUCUAAUUCCUCCUUCAUUACUAAAUCGAAAUUAUUGCUAUCCAGCACACUCUAUUUCACAUUCUACUGCUACCGACCAUCUUUUCAAGCCACAGCAUCAUCAAGCAGACUACUUACAGCAGCAGAAUCAAGAACAGCUGCAACGCAAUCCAUUUCAGCCGGGCCGCUCAAAUAGCCCGAGAUUUAUAAACCUCCACUCUCCUCCCCCUACUAUGUCUAUCAAUCAUCCAGUUUUCGUUUCUUCACCCUCUCCGUCAUCGCCUACAUGGCUUACGUCUUCGAUUGCCAGCACAGCUUCAGAAGUACCUUUAGGCAGUACUAGCGACUCCUUUCGGUUCCCGGCCACUUCACAAGCUUGUCAAACUGAUCAACCCUGUAUCCGUCACUUGCCUUCACUACCUGCACCGUUGAUCUCGCUUGCAUCUAAUUUACAUUGUCACUCACUUACAAGCACCAUGAAUCCACUUCAUGUGUGCAGUAUGCAUGGCCAGCUGGUGGCGAAUUGUUGUGCCCUCUUGGCUACACUCUGUCCGGCCAGAUCAUCAGAGCCGUCUGAACUAAGAGUAAGAUACGAAUUUCUUUACAUUUAUUUGUCUCAGCCAAGAAGACUGACUGGCUCUUUCUACUUUAUAUCUAUAUAUAUAUAUAGAUAUACUCAUUAG